AUGCCUCAAACAAAGGCGGAAUUGAACAAAAUGCGCGACUCGUUUGCCAAUACUAUGCGUCUUUGUGCACACUUCUACCAUGACCGUACACUGCAAGAUGAUCUCCGGAUGGUCAGCACAGCUACGAAGCCGGUGAUGAAGGAAUACCAUGAUACACUCACGGGGCAAAAAACGGAGGAGUCUUCUGUGGAGUUCCAGGCGAAGCGUGCAGCAGGUGAGUGGUUCACCACCAUAAAGAAGACACUUAAGCUGAUCCAUGACCCUGCAGCUUUGCGACGCUUCCACGUCACAAUCUCACCUGGUGCGCCCGUCUUGCAGGAGGACCCCGAAACAUCCGAACUGAGAUGGUAUUCGGAGGAGGCCAGGAAGCUUCAAGAGUUCUGGACACUUCUAGUUGAGUUAGCCGCCGCUCGGGCGUGGAGCCAAUGUCAAUAUGCGCAUUGUCUACCCAACGCUUUUGCUGUUGCCCUCCAUCCCAACACUUUGGUCGCUGACCGGUCCCUACGCGAGCAACGCCGAACAUGGCUUGCAGUGCUACAAGCCGAGAGACUCGUGGCAAACGGGGGUCUCGAAGCUGGGGACCAGCAACUCGUAAAGCAACUCCUGGUGGACAUCGCUUGGAACAGGCUACAAGUUGCUCGAGAGAUCUACCUUGUUGGAUCUGAAGCUGGGUGGAGUAGCCAGAACCCCGAGGUCAGGGAGCAAGCGCGGCUGCUCUGCAGCGGGCCAGCAAAUACCAAAUAUGGGUGCGAAGACGUGUUCGCCCAUUUGGUGUCUGUUGGAAGGGCCAGCAACAUGACGGUCGCAAUGAACAAGCUUUCUGCUCUGGUGCUAUGGUGGACUCGCUUUUUCUACUGUACGUCUAUGCAGAGAAUGACAGAGUGGCCGGAGAUCACAACCACGCUCAAAGAUCACCAGGACUUCCAAACCCGUGCGGCGACCGACCCGGUCUUGGCUAAAGUUGCUGGCAAGGUUUUCCGGAGCAAUGACGCCAAGAAGUUAGACCCAGAGAUACGGGCCGGCAUCGUUCACAUGAAGCAAGAGACUGCCAAGAAGGCUGGAACGCAAUCCAACCAACGAGCGGCAGCCGCCACUAUCUGGGCAACAGCGAACGCCCAGAACAACUUCGCGAGCGCGAGCAUGGCGUGGGCAGGAGUCUUCAUGCAGAAGGGAGGCAUUCUCGUGAACAGGGACUCGGAGACAGCAGUUCUGUGCCUCGGGUUCCGGGACUGGGCUGCGAUGGGAGUCAAGGUGUUCUUUACGGUGAACGUGCCCGCUCAGCAUCGGUUGCCCUCAUGGCUCAUGAACGACAAGUUGGAAGAGUCCCCGUGGCGAAGAUGUCACUUCAACGUGAUGCACCCGCUGGCAGUGCCAAGGGAGUUGCGGAAGCACUGCGUCGUGCUGGCGCAACGUGGUGAACCAGAAGAUUUGGUGAGAGGCGCUGUAAGGCACGGCGUCUUUUUGGAUAUGCCGCAGCUUGAGCAGUUGAAGGGUCACUAUAGCUUGCAGCUUCCUGAGAAGCCCAACGGGCACGGAAAGCAUGGGAACAUCGUCAAACGAGACUUCGCAGAAGCUCUCGUCAGGCACUUAUUCAGGGAUGACGCGACAAAUGACAUGGUUGACCACAUCUGUGGUCGAAGUCUCAACGGGCUCGGCACAGCGUCGAGACACACUGCCGAGCUCCUUACUGCUUUUGGCUCUCUGGACAAGGAGGAUCAGCCUGAGUUCAGGCGGUUGCGUGAUGUCGCCGAAGAUGAAGAGAAACUUCAGGAAGCCCGCAAAACUCGCGCGGAUCUUCACUUGCCGCAUGCGCCGCGUCAGCACGAGACCCCCAAGGAGUUGCACACUUUGCUACCCGCUGGCCCUGCCUUCACAUGCAAAAUCAAUCGCCACCCCGCGGCACCGAAGAGGUACCAGGUCAGCUACAUGGACAAGUCGACCGGAA